AUGAGGAGAUUUUUGGUUGAUAGAACAAGUAAUGUGAAUGUUGUGCAACCGGAAGCCGAAAUAGAAGAACCACCACCUAAUGUGGCCAAUGAGUUUAAUCCAAAUGAGAUUGUACGUGAUCCAGGUCGUAGGAAACAAAUUCAUACAUAUGCUCCGGAUAUUCAAGACCAAGUGAGGAGGGCAUAUAUCUUGAAGGGUCCGAUGCAACCAAAUUUGUCAAGUUUUCCACGUACUCUAUUUGGGAGUCAAAGAAGAGCAUUUUGUAGCUCAUGGUAUAAGAAGUAUACAUGGAUUGAAUACAGUGAGUUCAAGGAUGCAGCUUAUUGUUUCUAUUGCUUUCUAUUUAAGCAACCCGGGAGGGCCGAGUACUUUGGUUUCGAUGUCUUCACCAAAGACGGAUUUAAAGAUUGGAAGCAUGCAUCUAAAGGCUUGAAAGAUCAUAUUGGUAGUCAUAAUAGUAUGCACAACUCAUGUAUCAAGCAUUAUGAUGAUUAUAAUAAUCAAAGACAAAGCAUAGAAAGUAAGUUAGCUAAAGCAACUAAGGAAUCCGAAGAAUUGUAUAAGAUCCGUUUGACUUGUUCUCUUGAUUGUACUAGAUAUCUCAUAGCACAAGGCAUUGCUUUCCGUGGCCAUGAUGAAAAAACUACUUCUCUAAACAAGGGUAAUUUUAGAGAGAUGGUAGAUUGGGUAAAAUCUAAUAAUGAACAAGUGAGAUAUGCUUUUGACCGUGGUGGAAAAAAUUGCAUAAUGACUUCCAGUGACAUUCAAAAGGAACUUGCAGAGUGUUGUGCACAUGAAGUUAUGAAUGUGAUUAUGGAAGAGCUUGGUGAUAAACAAUUCUCUGUGCUUAUUGAUGAGUCACGUGAUAUAUCCGUCAAAGAGCAAAUGGCGGUGAUGUUGAGGUUUGUGAACAACAAAGGGGAAGUUGUGGAACGAUUUAUUGCUCUACAUCAUGUCAAAGAUACUACUUCUGAGGCACUAAAGAAUGCUCUUUAUUGUAUUCUUGAUCGUUACAAGUUAUCUAUUUUAAGGAUACGAGGGCAAGGAUAUGAUGGAGCUUCAAAUAUGAGAGGUGAAUUUAAUGGUUUGCAAAGAAAGAUUCUAGAUGAAAAUCCUUAUGCUUUCUAUGUCCAUUGUUAUGCUCACCGCUUGCAAUUGGUGAUUGUGUCCGUUGCUAGUAGUUGCUCAUCUAUUAAUGAUUUCUUUGAGUACAUCUCCUUGAUUGUAACAACAUCAAGUGCAUCUUGCAAGAGAAGGGAUGCUUUGAUGGAGACACAACACAAAGAUAUUUUGAAAAAACUUGAGAGUGGUGAGAUAUCUACAGGAAGGGGCUUGAACCAAUCAUCUACUCUUGCUAGACCCGGGGAUACUAGAUGGGGUUCACAUCAUACUACGUUGCUUCGUUUGGAUCAGAUGUGGUCCUCCGUGUUAGUGGUGCUUAGUAUGGUUCAUGAAGAUGGACGUGGACCAUCUCAAGCGGCGGUUAAUGUUAAAGUUGUUUGGUAUCACAAACGAGCUUUCAAAAAUCUUGCAAAUAAAAGAUCUUAA